GUGAAGGGACAGUAAAGGACACCCUUAACUGAACGAAAACUUUUUCUGCUCUAUGUAGAUUAAAUAGGGAUUGAUAAUUUUAUCCUGAAUUCGAAUAAAAUGACGAUUGGAAGGAUACCCUAUAUGAAAUCAUUCAUUCUCUUGAUUAUCAUGGAAAGUGGAUUCUUUACAAAUGGGUUCAGAGGAUUUCCAGUCUUCACUGUUGAUGUCUGUCCUAGCAACAUAACUGAAUGGGAGGCUGCUUCUAUGAGACUGAACUGUACAAUGAAAUCAAACGACUUCAAGAAUAGAUACCACUGUUUGGCCACCAGAGACCGUUCACAACUGGUGGAGUUCUGUUAUCCACAGAUCAGGAGUAUAUAUGGAAAAGGUCAAUGUGUUAUUUUUGAUUCUUCGUUUUUCUUGGACAAUUACACUUGCCUUCAUUUUACUGAUGGAUGUCCGGAUACAUAUUAUUUCACCGACCAGUUAUACAAAUUCCCAAAUUGCUUCCGCAUUGAACCUGUAUUAAAAUGUUUUAUGUCCGAGGAAUUGUGUCUGAAGAAGAAGCGAGUUACAAUCGAAAAUAAAGAGGUAUCAACAUCCCAAACAAAUACUGCACAGAAUCAAACAACAAAGAUACAGGAAGGGAUAGAUUUGGUACCUGUACUGGUCCCCUCGAUAAUCCUUCCAGGGAUCGUUUUUGGAAUUGUUUUUUUUUAUAUUGGUGCUGUGGAGAACAAAACGAUGCAAAGGAGUUCUCAGAAUAAAAUGUCUGCAGGAAAAUUUGGAGAAUGACAAAAAUUUUGAGAGCAUGUCAUUGA